CAAAAACGUGUUUCUAAAUGCAUCGUUUGAAAAAAUGAAUAGAACAGAUGAUAUAGAAAUAAACAAUUAUAAAGUGACCAACCUGAAAACUGGAUCUGUCUAUAUAUUUAGAGUUUUGACCUCAAACCACUACGGGAUCGCUCUGUCCAAUAACCACUCAUGUGUAACAGACCCAGAAAGGGUGGAGGACUCAAAUAAGGGAUGUCCUACAGAGCAGAUAAUUGGAGGGAUACUAGGUGGCGCUGUAUUUACCAUUAUUCUGCUGAUUGUUCCCUUUGCAUUAUGGAAAAGCAGAAAAGGAAAGGAAAAUGAAGACAGAAAUAAAGAGACCUUGGGCAGUGAACAAAGCACAAACGUGAUUAUCUCCCGUGAAGAUCACCAUUACCAGGGAAUUUCAAAAACAGAAACAACUGAUACAAACGUUUAUGAAAAGAUAAAAGACUCUAAUAAAGCAGAAAAUAGAGUGCAAUACCUUGAAUUAAUUGAUGUGCCGGAAGUUGAUAAGAAAAAUGACAGAGUCAAUACUCCAAGUGAUGAGAGUAGCUACUCUAACAUUACAUAA